GUCAUGGAAAUAGUGAAUCAACAGUUCCAUACAAAAUUGUGAUGCUUAGAAAUCAGCCGUAUCGAUAGAUCCGUAAAUUGCCAUUCGUAUAUUAUAUAUAUAUAUUUAUAUGUAUAUGAUUCGUUUGAAAUUGGAUUUAAAGUUGUGAGGGUAUACUUUAUUCAUAAUUUUAACAUUAAUACUAAAUAAUAGACAUAGUUAUGAUUAUUACUAAACCAUUGACACCAGGGUCAACUGGAAGUUCACUGAAGGAAGGAGAUGAAGAAGAGGUACUUUAUAGAGGUAGGAAGGUCCCAAGAAGUGUGAGAUUACAACAAAUGAGAGAAUCACAAAAGAUGCUACGAGAACAAAGAAAACAUAAGGUUCAAAUCUUAGAGAAAGAAAAUUAUUUCUUAAGACAAGAAUUAGAAAUGUUACGUAAAGGUAUAAGAUAUUUAAAACCUAGAAAUGUUAGUGCUGAAUCAUUUUAUCCUCCUUCCGAAUUAGAUAAACUCUAUACUUUUGAAAGAGUUACUACUGAUGGUUUACAAAAAUUUGCCCAACAUAAUAUACCGUAUGAAAUAUAUUCUCGAUUCUUUAUUGAUGGUGUUUGUAUUGUUGCUAAAGUUUUAGAAGCAAUUACUUUGUGUAUAGCAACUGAACCUGCUCCUGAAUGUUCAGAACGAUUACAAGAAAUGUUAUUCAAAUAUACUCCUACUGAAGAUUUAAGAAAAUUAUUUAUUGAACAAUUGAAUCAUUAUGUAAUGUAUAAGACUAUACCUGAUUAUUGGAAAAAUGCUGAUCCACAUUUACCUCAGGGAGUUAUGAGUUCACUUCUGGUCGUUGAAUUUAUUGUUAAACAUUGUGAAUAUGAAGCUAUUAGUAUGGAUGCAUUAAAGGGAUUUUUAGCUAGGUGUACAUUUGCUACUUAUUGGGGACCCGCUAUUUAUGUUAAUGACGUAAUAAUUUCUGUUGCUGCAGCAUCAGAUCCAGAUUAUGAUGGAGAUUUAAUUGAAGGUAAGUUAGACGAUAAGCUUUGUAAUACACUGUCAUUAACAGUUGAUAGUAAUCUAUCAAUUUAAGUAUUAAGUGCUAAAAUUAGAUUGCUUUAGUUGCGACUUGGGAUGGGUACAGCCUCAUUUCAUAUACAGCC